AUCUGUCUGUUCGGGAGCUACUAAAUGCUAUCGUGGUUGAGCUCUGAGCUUCAAGUCGUAUAUAAUUGCACCGUUGGUCUUCUCCGUCCCAUCGCCAUAAUUGGGCAAACCAAAUGUGAUUCACAGUUCUCUUGUUUCUCAAUCAGUGGCUGUCUGUCCCCAUCGCUCUGGCAUCGUCUUGAAUCUACAACUCCAGGCUUCACACUGCUACAUUCCCACCUGAUACUUCGGCCACACCCUUUACUGCCCCGCGCAAGGACACUAACGCAAUGGCGGACAUCAAGCCGUACACGAUCGCGGUCCCGGACUCGGCAAUCGAGGACCUGAAGCUGCGCCUCUCUCUCGCCAAGUUUCCCGACGAGCUCGAGGGUGCAGGCUGGGACAUGGGCGUGCCCCUGGCCGAGGUCCAGCGGCUGGCCAGGCACUGGCAGAAAAGCCACGACUGGCGCGCGGCCGAGCGGGAGCUCAACAAGCUGCCCAACUAUGUCACGCCCAUCCAGUGCGACGGCGGCUUCGAGGCCCUCGACAUCCACUUUGUCCACGUGCGCAGCAGCGCCGCCAAGGCCGGGCAGAACGCGAUCCCCUUACUAUUCGUCCACGGCUGGCCGGGCCACUUCCAGGAGGUCCUCAAGAUCCUGAAGCCCCUGACCGAGGGGGAGGCCGGGGACGACACGAUCCCCGUCUUUGAUGUGGUCGCGCCGAGCCUGCCCAACUUUGGCUUCAGCCAGGGCACCAAGAAGAGGGGCUUCGCGCUCGAGCAAUACGCCGAGACGGUGCACAAGCUCAUGCUCAAGCUGGGCUACGACGAGUAUGUCACGCAGGGCGGCGACUGGGGCUGCCACAUCACCCGCGCCCUCGCGCACAUGUACCCGAGCCACUGCCGCGCCACGCACAUCAACAUGGACAGCUGCUCCCCUCCGAGCUUCCUCACGGCACCGCUGGUCGCCGCCCGGGCCGCGCUGACGCCGCACUCGAGGCGCGAAGCCGCGGGCGUGGCCCGCACAAAGUGGUUCAACGAGCAAGGGCGGGGCUACAACCUCACUCAGUCGACCAAGCCCCAGACCAUCGGGUACGCGCUGGCCGACAGCCCCGUGGCGUGCCUGUCGUGGAUCUACGAGAAGCUGCACGACUGGACGGACGCCGUGGGCCGCAGCUGGACCGACGACGAGGUCUGCACGUGGGUCUCGAUGUACUGGUUCAGCACCGCGGGGCCCGCCGCCAGCGCCAGGAUCUACUACGAGGCGACGCACAACGUCGACAGCCGCGAGGGCAAGCUGGACCACGAGAGGCUGAGGACGUACAGCCCCGGCGUGAAGCUGGGGUUCAGCCACUUCCCGAUGGAUCUCGUGGUGCUGCCCAGGUCUUGGUUCGCGACGCUGGGCGAGGUCGUGUUUGACCGGGAGCACGAGAGUGGUGGGCACUUUGCGGCGUGGGAGAGGCCCAAGGAGCUCGUCGCGGAUGUGCGUGAGAUGUUUGGAAAGGGCGGUGGUGCUUUUGGCUGUGUCAAGGGCAAGAAUGGGUACGCUUAAUCUGCUGUGAAUUAUCUGGAUGGCUGGCAGUACACAUAUAAGUACACAAGAAUAUCUAGACGGACGCAUGGGCAACGCACUACAAGGCAAAGCACACAAGGACAUGGAACAAUGCGCCGCUCAAUCCUGACCAGUAUGGGCCCUUCUGAGAAUUUUGCAGAUAAACCUAAUCGUUUCUCAGUAAACACAAACUCAU